ACGUGAAAAGAGGCUGCGCGUCCUUGGGACUUGGUGAUCUCUAAAUUGGCAAAAUUGCAAAAUAGAGACCUCUUUCCAGGAUCCUUCCAAAAAGAGCCAUGGAUUAUAUAGGAAGACAUACUUUUAUUUAUAUUGCGCUCAGCGUUUUGAUAGUUGGCAGCUCCAGCCAUGCUCUACUGGACAAGUCCCUGGAGGAGAGCUUCAUGUUUCCCUAUCACUUGAGUCCUGAGGACGAGAGCCAAACUACCUCUUGUGAUUUUGAAUCGCCUUGCUCCUGGACCUUCUCCAAUCACAGCAUCAGAAAUGACUGGAGGGUAAUGUCACCACAGCAACACAGAUCAAGCACACAGGCCAUGAAGCCGGUCAGCGACCAUUCGGAGGGGAGCUCUGACGGUCACUUCCUGCUUUUGAGUCCCUCCUCUUCCUCCAGGGCGUCUAGGAAGUGUGAAUACUAUAUCACUAGUCCAGUGGUCUACAGUAGUGGCCCACUAUGCCAUCUGCAGCUGGCCCGCUUUGAGUCGGGGCUCACCGCUGGAAAUCUCUCAGUCUUAGUGAAACCAGUCAACUCAGCAUCUGUCAUCAGCACGUCAGCUCUCAGUGGCAGAGCCCAAGAUGGCACCAGGAAUAGGGCCCAGUGGGAGGUGCUGGAGGCGGUGAUUGGAGAGGUGGAUGAGCCCUUCCAGGUGACCCUACUCUACUCCACCUGCCUGGGGAAGGAUAGGGGUGCUCUGGCCCUCGACUCCCUGGACCUCAUAGACUGUGACAUGGGUCACCAUGACUUAGAGCUGGGCACAGACUGUGACGAGAGCACGUCUAUCCACUGUGACCUGGGAGGCUGCAUUGACAAGACUAGUGUGUGUGACUUCCACAGUGACUGCCCCCUAGGGGAGGAUGAGGGAUUUAUCUGUGACUCUCUGCCCUAUGGAGCCCACUGUUCCUUUGAGCCUGGGUCUUGUGGCUGGUCAACGUCCAAUGAGCUGUCCUCUUGGAGGAGGGUCAGUGGGGAGGAACUGGGAGACAGUGAAGACAUGCUGGGGACAGCGCUGCAAAAUACACAAGGGCACUUCCUGUUCCUGGCCGUGAGAAGGAAUAGUUCCAGUCAUGAGGUGUCUGUCCGGAGUCACUCCUUCCCCCAACCGGUCUCUACCACAGCCUGUCAGUUGCAUUUCUCCCUGUAUCUCUAUGGGGAGUUUAAUGGCACCGUGCUGCUGUCACUAGAGGAAAACAGUACUACCACAUCCCCGUUGGUGUGGGAGAGGUCUGGACAGUGGAAAGACAACUGGCAGGACAUCUCUCUACAGCUACCUGCCCUCCUCAAUGGGUUCCACCUCAAGGUGAAGGCUCUGUGGGGACCAGGCUCCAAUGCUGACAUCGCCCUAGAUGACAUCGCCCUGGGGGCAGCAUGCUUUGACACAGAUCUCAACUCCCUGCUGCUCGGACACAGAUUGUUCAAUGAAAUGGACUCCAUCAGUGAGCUAGAUUUCCUCAGCCCCCUCCCAGAGCCCUCUGCCUCAGAGGUGUCCCUGAUGACCUGGUGGUUUACAUCCUGUGGGGCCAGUGGCCCCAGAGGCCCCACCCAGGCCCAGUGUGACAGCGCGUACCGCAACACCAACGUCAGUGUCACUGUGAGUAAGGACGGCCCGUUCAAAGGAGUGCAGAUCUGGAGGGUACCAGCCACCAACAGAUACAUGAUCUCAGCCUAUGGAGCCGCAGGUGGCAAAGGAGCAAAGAACCACAACAAGCGCUCCCACGGGGUCUUCAUCUCAGCCAUCUUCACUCUUGAGAAGGGAGACAUCCUGUAUAUACUGGUGGGACAUCAGGGGGAGGAUGCCUGUCCAGGAAGAAAUCCCCUGACACAGAAGAUCUGCCUGGGGGAAUCCUCGGUGAUAGAAGAUGAGUUCACUGGUGAAGAGUGGGCAGGAGGAGGAGGGGGAGGCGGAGGAGCCACCUAUAUCUACAAGAUGGAGGGUGGGGUGCUGGUGCCUCUACUGAUAGCGGCUGGUGGUGGAGGGAAGGCCUACCUAGAGGACCCAGAGAGCAGCCUGGACCAGAUUCCUCUGGAGCAGUAUGAGAACGACACAGUGGCCUCCAGCUCCAAUGGCAAGACUGGAGCAGCAGGGGGAGGUGGAGGCUGGAAGGACUCGUCCAGCCAGCUGUGGGCUGGGAAGUCUCUCCUGGAGGGGGCCGAGGGGGGUUCUUCCUGCCCCCAAGCCUUAUCCAAACUGUCCUGGGCCACCUUCGGGGGGUUCGGAGGGGGAGGGGGAGCCUGCACUGCUGGAGGAGGAGGAGGUGGAUACAGAGGUGGCGAUGCAGCACUGACUGAUGAUAUCACAGCGGGCGGUCAGGAUGGCAUCUCCUUUGUUAAUCCCAUGGGGGAGAUAUUUCUCCAGCCGCUGGCAGCCAUGGAGAGCCAUGGAGAAUGUGAGAUCAAGGUGCAGCUCAACUGCAGUCACUGCCAGACCCAGAGCUGCAAACGGGACGAGGACACUCAACUCAUCAUCUGCCUCUGUCACAACGAGGAGGUGCUAGCCAGUGACAACGUCACCUGCACAGCAGCCCCUCAGGGCCUCGCUCCAGAAGGCCAGCUGUCCUUGUCCCUCAUCCUGGCCGUGGUGGCAUCCACCGUGGUGACGGUCAUCAUCCUGACCUGCGCCAGCCUCACCCUCAUAUACUACCGUAAGAAGAACCAGCUGCACGCGGUCAGGCUGCGUCUCCAGAGCCCAGAGUACAAGCUGAGUAAGAUCCGGUCAUCCACCAUCAUGACAGACUACAACCCAAACUACUGCUUCGCUGGCAAGGCUGCUUCGCUGAGUGAGCUGAAUGAAGUACCACGCAAGAACAUCACCCUCUUCAGGGCAUUGGGCCAUGGAGCGUUUGGGGAGGUGUAUGAAGGCCAGGUUCUGGGGAUGAAUGGAGAGAACACAGUCAUGCAAGUGGCUAUAAAGACUCUUCCGGAGAUCUGCUCCGAACAGGACGAGAUGGAUUUCCUGAUGGAGGCCCUGAUUAUGAGUAAGUUCAGUCACCAGAACAUAGUGCGCUGCAUCGGGGUGAGUCUGCAGAUCCUGCCCCGCUGCAUCCUCCUGGAGCUGAUGACUGGAGGAGAUAUGAAGAGCUUCCUGAGACAGAACCGACCCAAAACGAGUCAGAGCUCCUCCCUCACCAUGCUGGAGCUGUUACACAUGGCCAGAGACAUCGCCUUCGGCUGUCGCUACCUGGAGGAGAACCACUUCAUCCACAGAGAUAUAGCUGCCAGGAAUUGUUUGCUGACCUGCCCUGGACCAGACCGAGUGGCUAAGAUAGGAGACUUUGGAAUGGCGCGUGAUAUAUACAGGGCCAGCUACUACAGAAAGGGUGGCCGUGCCAUGCUGCCCGUCAAGUGGAUGCCCCCAGAGGCCUUCAUGGAGGGCAUAUUCACCUGCAAGACUGACACCUGGUCGUUUGGAGUACUGCUCUGGGAGAUUUUCUCUCUAGGCUACAUGCCAUAUCCCUGCAAAACCAACCAGGAGGUUCUGGAGUUUGUGACGAGUGGGGGGAGGAUGGACCCCCCUAAGAGCUGUCCCGGGCCUGUGUACAGGAUCAUGACUCAGUGCUGGCAGCACUGCCCUGAACACAGACCCAAUUUCUCCACCAUUCUGGAGAGGAUCAACUACUGCACUCAGGACCCUGAUGUGAUCAACACGCCCCUGCCUGUGGAGUACGGUCCCACAGUGGAGGAGGAGUUAAGCACUGUGAUCCGCCCUGAAACCCCAGGCAGUCUGACCCCUCUGCUGGUGGCCCACUCUGCCUCCCAGGAGGUCUCUCCCCAGAUCACGUCGCUGCCCCAGCCCCACAAGCCCCAUCUGCUGCUGCAGAGGCCCCAGCAGCUGCCUCAGGAGGUGGCCUCCUACCGCGAGGCCCUGAAGCCCUGCUGGGCUGAGCCUGUCCCUGCUCCGGGUCCAGGGAUCUGCCCUGGUGCCUGGCUUCACCCCGAGCCCCUCAACCGGCCCUGCUCCAGGGACAGCUCCUUCUCAGGCAGCCAGAAGCUAAAAAACAAGACCAAGAACCUGUGGAACCCAACCUAUGGCUCCUGGGUGCUGGAGAGCUUUGGUCGGGGGAAGACAGCCCUAUCUCAUACCAAGUCCAUGCCCCUGUCCAGCAGCUCCUCUGCCCCCCAGGCAGCCACCCCUACCUCUGAGUGCAACCAGUCUGGGUGCGAUGGCAGCAGUGACCUCCAUGCCCCCAGUAGUCUGUGCUCCUCGUCCUGCCAGGCCCUCUCCACUUCCCAGCCCCAGAAGGCCCAAGCAGGGGGAGCCAGUGGGGGCCAGACCCUGGGCAUGGACCUGGCUAAGCUGCAGAGCUUCCCCUGUGGCAAUGUCAACUAUGCCUACGAUGAGCAGAGCUAUGAGGCAGAGAGCCUGCCCCUGGUGGUGCCCAAAGGCCCAAAGCCCUGCCCCAGCACCAGUGCCAGCACCAGCUGUGCCCCCAGCACCUCUUUCUCCUCGUCCUUCUCCUCCUGCUCAGGGGCAGGCCUGGGUGUGGCCUCCUCCUGUAUGCCCAAACUGCUACUGAAGCGCCAUGCCAGCUAUGGACACGAGGAUGUGAGGAGACACACCAAGCCUGAGAAACCCACCCGGGACAGAGACUCAGGCUUCUCUCUGUCUGAGGACCUCAGCGUCACCCCUGUCUAACCCUGGCCCCUGGGUGAGCGGAGCAGAACACUGGAACAGACCCCACACCUCACUGGCAAUGCACAGGAACACACUAUUGGAGAUGGCAGACAUUUUCACCAAAUCAUUUUCACUCCCUUUUUGUCGAUUCAUUGUUUUGUUUUAUAAAGUUUUGGUACUACUGAUGAUGCGUUGUAGUUAGUAUAGAUGGUGUGAGAAUUAAAUGAAAGCCCACAGUAGCAAGAAAACACAACAGCUUAAAUAUAGAAGGAGAUGCUGCUUUGCCUGGAGACAGGUAGCAUGUUCUCUUCCUGAGGUGGAAUAUGACACAACCCAAGAAGGCCGUCAGUGGCACAGAAGCACACCCAAGCCUCAGAGGAUUUCUAGGCCCUAGCUGGAUUCAUCUGCAUCCAUUCAAAUGUGCAGCGUCUCCUCUGGUUCAGGGCUCUUUUGUUAAUCCAUUCCUUUCUUCUCUGUUUAUAACAUUACCUUGUUAGGUUUACACUGGAAUUAAUGACUGGGAUUGACUGCUAAAUCAAUACUGUGAAAACAGAUAGGAAGCUCUGGUUGCCUAUGCAGGUGAUGGUAAGGCAGAAAGGAGAAUUUCAGUAUGACUAGACCAGAGAGAGUGUAUGAACUUGUGAUAACAAUUAUAAUGACUUGUGCUGUCUACUGUUCCCUAUCUGGCUCAUAAGCAAAAGUGAAUCUCUUGUUUAGAAUUGUCAUAGUUAUUUUGUAGAUAGCAUUUACAUUUUAUUAAUACUGUAGUCUGUUUUACUGUAUUAUAGGCAUUGACUACUAAUACUUCACCCUCUCUACAUGCAUUUAAUCUUAUGGUGACUGUUCUCACUCUUUACUGAAGAGUGUUUUAGAGACACCAAGAGCAGGGAAUGUGGUAGUAGGAGCUCCUCUGUAAUUUGUCCAUCUUGUUCCAACACGGAAAAUGUUAAUACUACUGACUUUCACCUUGGCUACACCAAUAUAUUAAAUACUAUUAUUUCACAUUGGAAUUCCUAUGUAAACUGGACUAACUCAUUCAAUUUGUAGCAGUUAUACUUCAUUUAUAACUUCAUUUAUAACGUGUUUUUGUAUAUGUUUAUGUGUCUUGUAGUUGAUCACUGCCAUUGGGUCUGCAAGAGCACUAGUGUUUGUGAUCUAAUACUCUACACUACCUCUUAUACUCAGCAGGGGGCAGCACUCUCAUGCAAUACCAAAUAGUUUGUAUUUGUAUUUCACUAGAGGGCUUGCUUGCUAUUUAUGACACAAUAACAUUUAUUAUUGUUAUGAGUUGUUGUUAAAGCAGUAAGGUUGCUGAUAUACAUGUUAGCUUAUUACACUGAAAUAAAGUUUACUGGUUGCAAUAAUGUUAGGUUACGAUAAUGUUAUAUGGUUCCAUUAUGCACUUUGUAGCCACCUCAAAGUCUGACGAUAUUUGUGAAUGGAGCCUAAAGGUAGAAAAGUCUUGUCAUGCUCUUGACAACAUCACUAUUACUCAUGAUUUGUAAAUCUGCUGAGACCUUGAGGGAUUGUGUUUAUUUUAGGAUCCAUGGGAGCCUAUAUACAGUUGAAGUCGGAAGUUUACAUACACCUUAGCCAAAUACAUUUAAACUCAGUUUUUCACAA